AUGCACGUACAAAACAUUUCCAGAAAUGCGUCCAACAUUACGAAAGAAGCCAACGAAUGGGAUGUAGAGAGCCUGUCAUGUUAUCAUUUUAACUCCGUUCACUACAGUAUAGGAGAGUCUUCGCUUGUUUGGUACAUUAUUAGUUUUGUUGUAAACGGCGUUGUCCAAUCCAUCGCUACAGUCAUCAACUUGCUCAUUCUUCUGGCUAUUAGCAAGACCCCCUCACUCCAUUCGCCGUCCAACACGCUCUUGUUCGGUCUAGCUCUGUCGGAUCUUGGUGUUGGUUUAAUUGUUCACCCCCUCUUUCUCCUGCAUAUGAUUGGGAAGUUGGCGCGGAAUAGAGACGUUUUCUGUCACGCUGGAAUAGCCGCUGAAAUAGCGGCAAACGCUUUGUGUAUCAUCUCGCUCCUAACUGUAACCGCUGUUAGCUUAGACAGGUAUCUGGCCCUUCAACUCCACUUGCGAUAUAAACAGCUGAUUACGAUCAAGCGUGUCACUCUUGUUAUUGGCUUCAUCUGGGUUGCUGGAACUACUAUUGGUUCUUUCUGGCUCUAUAAACCUGAGGUGAUAAAAUUUGCUGCGAUGGCGACGAUUGCGAUAUGCCUAAUGGCUGCCACAUACUCUUAUUUUAAAAUAUAUCGCGCUGUUUCGCGCCAUUACUUUUCUACUCUGGCCUUACAAUGUUCGGUUCAACAAUAUCAUGUCGAUCAAGCAGUCAACCUGGCUAAAUUUAAGGCACACGCACUGAGCACAUUUUGGGUUUAUUGUCUCAUCAUCGUGUGUUAUUUUCCUUAUUUUUGUGUGUUAAUAGCCAUAAUGCGGAGUGGACUUUCAACGACAACGAUAUUUUGGUACGAGAUGACGGCCAUUCUCAUUUUCAUAAACUCUUUCCUUAAUCCUUUGGUUUUUUGCUGGCGGUUACGAGAAAUACGCCACGCCGUGAAGAAGUCUGCCCUGAAUAUUGUUUUAAGACUCUCGUGCAAAACUGAGUCAAGUAAUUAAUUCCCGUUCCAAACGAUAACAUCAUCGUGGAGGUGGAGAUGUGAGGGAGCGUACAAAACUUAAGCCCCCGGGGGGGGGGGGGAGUACUUUCUAGUAAUAGGCUAAUGGGGAUGUUAGCGAACAAUUCUUGCAAGGACCACUUGGACAAACAGCAGCGAGGGAUAGCCUGAUCUUGUCGUAGAUCAGGAUCAGCAUUAUAAAAUAACACUUAAAAUUGAAGGCAAGGCGGAUCGGACAGGGCGCUGCAUUUUCAUUGGAGGUUUGUGAAGUAUUUUGAAAGUGGUUUUUAAGACGGAUCUAUCUUAUCUUUAAAGUUUAGUUUUUGUUUCAUUAAGUAUUGUUUUGUCUACGUACUAUUUUCCUGUUUUGAUCUUUUGUUUUUACUUGUACUUGAAUUUAUGCUUAGCUCGCGAAUUUACUUAUUGCCAUAAUAGGAAUGUUUUUCGCUUGUCGUUGUCAGAUGUUAGUUUUUUAAAGGUUGUUGUGUUUGUGGUGUUAGAGCCGACCUUGGUUCUUAGGUACUUGUCAGUUGCCACUGUGCGUAGGCUAAUCUAUUCCCUAAAAAUAGCAAACCUGUUGCAAUGUUAGCGAUAAGAUAUUCAAUACUGAAGGUCUCCCGGUCAGCUAACCCAAAAAUGUCCAGCUUUGGCUUUAAAAACCGCUACUAUACUUGCACUAGUAAGUAGAAAAGAGUUAGAAGAGUUGGAAGAUUAAGAUUGUUAGCAGAAGUCGAAGACGAAUAGAGGCCAAGAUGUAAAUCAGAUUACUGAUACCUCAUCGUGUAGCGAGCGAGUUGCUCGAACACACCCCCACAUAUUUUGAUGGAGAACCCGUUAUUUUGGUGAAGAAUUCGGAGUCUAGUCUGUUUGAAGUAUUGUCACAAAAAUUAAUUUCUCAUUUUGAAUCAAAUGUAACUCUAUGGCAAUUGAGGCAAAAAUUAGAAGAACGUCGUCAGUUGUUAGGGGAGACUGUUGCCGAUUACCGUUACGAUAUUCUUUCAUUCUGCUCUCGUCUAUAUUUACCUAACAGUGAAUGGCUCUAUUGUUUUGUACGAGGUCUAAGACCUGAGAUACGUGGCCACGUUAUUUUGCAACAACCAACUGAUGUGGACUCCGCUUUGAAUUUUGCGAGAUUAAAAGAAUUAGUUACUCUUGGUAAAUCGAAAAAUGGUCAAGAAAUUGAGGAAUGUUAAGAGUUAAAGUCUAAUCCCUCAAAAGAGGAUAUUAAACAAUUUGUGAGAGAUGAAUUAAAUGUAUGGACUGAAACUUCCAAAAAUAAUGAAAAAUAUCGUAUUCAUCGGAAAUUUCAAUCAUGCACUUUCCCUACCCGUUGUGGAAUCAUUAUUUUUGGUAAAAAGCCAAAAUUCGACAGAUUUAGAAAUUUCAAACCUAAUUUUAAACGCCUGCCUCGGAGAAGCAAUGUGCAAAAUGUUUGUAACUAGGGAAAAAUUGGCGCUCAGUUAAACUGGCUGGCACCCCUAUCGUGUUUGGUAGUGAACCCGUGAUGGGGUGCUUGAAAGUUCAACAAGUAAUAACCAUUCUUCCGUCGGAUCUAGUUAUGAUAAAGGUGCUUUCGGUAACUCUGGGAAUUCGGCCGAAAGUGUUACUAAAAAGAAUGUUCAAGAAUUUAGUCAUGUUUUGUCUAAUCCCUGUGAGCCUGUUAUCUCUUCAGACUCUAAAAUGUUUGAACCUCAAGUUGCCGUCACAUGUCAACACGGGUGUUCUCAAGAGGGCCAGCCUCAAAACGUCCCUAAUGAAAAUAUUAUGUUUGGAGUUAUUAAGUACCUUUCUCAGGUCAUAACAAAAUUUGAUGAUGUAAUCGCCGGCUCGUCGCCAAAUGAAAAAGAAAAUGCUCAUUCGCCAAAUGUACCUAUGUUUUCUCCUAAAAGUGAAGUCAUUUAUGAGAAGUCUUUAAGUGAAACUUUAUCUCGCGAAGUCAGUAUAAAAAAAAAUUAAAAAACAAGAACAGUUGGCGCCUGAGUCUAAAAAUGAAGAAAAUUUGGAAGUAAAUAUCGUUGGGACUAAAAAUAAUUAUGUUUGUUGUGAGUGCCGUGGCUUAUCUGUCGCAAGUAGCCCAGAGACAAGGGCAUAUGUGACUGACCUGACUGACUGGGUUUCUUUCCGUGCCAUAUCCAGUAAAAUUGAUUCUAUUCAUCCUUUCGAGAGUGACCAUUUUAAUGUAAGUGUAACAAUAAAGGGAAAUAGCUAUCGUGCUCUCCUUGACACAGGAGCAGCUGUAACAGCAAUUAGUUCUCAAGUUUGGGACAAGUAUCUUAGUCACAAAAAUUGUUGUUUAGAUUCCUCGUCGACUAGUUGUGUAACGACUGUAAGUGGUUCCCCUCGUAGUGUUCUUGGUAAAGUAUGGCUCAAUUUUGUUAUUAAGUCUGAUGUUUUUCUUUUGAAGCCUAUGUUAUCAAAGAUUUAACUCAUGACGUUGUUUUGGGCAGAGAUUUACUUAAAAAAUAUUGUUCGAUAAUUGAUUUUAUGGAGAACAUCAUUGAAUUUUCCCACCCCGAGGAUCCACUCCCCUUUGCUAAUAGUUUUGGUGAUGAUUUGGAUAAGUUUUUGAUAAUUGUAUUUUGUCAGUGCAUGCUGAUAAUUCUUUUACUUUUCCCGCUCAAUCAGAAGUCGUUGUCGUUGAUAGAUAGUAAGGGUGCGUUCCUUUGGGAUGAUCCGGAUCAGGAUCAGUGAUCCGAGAUCACUCGGAUCACGGUUGAUCAAAUGAACCGAAGAAUCCUUGUCCAGAGUGCAUUCAUCAUCUCGGAUCACUGAUCCUGAUCCAGAUCAUCCCAAAGGAACGCUCCCUAAGUUCAAUGCCGAAAGGUGUAAACACCAGUGCCAGUGAAAUUUAUGGAUUGGUCACGCCUAAGUCUGAUUUGCCUCACCGCUACUCAGUUUUUGGAGCGUGAGAGCUCGUAAAGGUUUCUGGUGAUGCAAUUGUUCCUGUUAGGGUGGUAAACCUUUCCGCUCAACUAGUUAAAAUUUUUCGUGGGACAAAAUAGCAGAUUUUGAGUGUGUUGAUAAUGAUUUAGCCACAUUUGAGAUUGGCAAAAAUUCCCCUUCUUAUGUUGAACAUAAGCCUUGAGAUGAUCGGCAACAGCCAAAAGAUUAUUCAGAGUUUCCUGAUUUGUCGAAUAGUAUUCUGAAUGAUGAUGAAAAAGUAAAAUUUAAGAAUUUGUUUAAUAAACAUCGUAAUGUUUUUGCUUUUCCUGGGGAUCAGUUAGGUAGAAAAUCCCUUGUACAGCAUGGCAUUAACGCUGGUCAUGCUAUGCCUAUUAAGCAAAGGCCGUGUAGAGUAUCUCCUGAUGUUAAGAAAGAGAUUAACCGUCAGGAGGACGAAAUGCUUGAGAAAGGAAUAAUUCAAGAGUCUGUCUCCCCUUGGAGCUCUCCAGUUGUUUUGGUAAAAAAGAAGGAUGGAUCAUAUAGAUUUUGUGUUGAUUUUCGUAAAAUUAAUAAAGUCACUAAAGUAGAUAGCUUUCCAAUGCCUUUAGUUGCUGAUGCGCUAGAUUCUUUGGCUGGUGCAAGCGUGUUUUCCACGUUGGAUCUCAAAACUGGAUUUUGGUAGGUACAAAUGCCCCAGGAUUCGCAACAGAAGACAGCCUUUGCUACGCAGAACGGCCUUUAUGAAUUCUGACAAUUCCGUUUAGAUUAGUGAAUUCAGGAGCCAGUUUUCAAAGACUUAUGGGUCAUAUUUUGAGAGUCUUAGGAUACCAUUUUGCUUUGAUUUACAUCGAUGAUAUAAUCAUUUUCUCUAAGUCUGUAGAUGAGCACUUAGUCCAUUUGGAGGAAGUUUCUAGACGGUUGUGACGCUAAUGUUAAGUUGAAUCCAAAGAAAUGGAGUUUCGUUAAACAAAGAGUAGAGUAUCUUGGUCACGUAAUUACGCCAGAAGGCAUUAGUCCCAACCCAGACAAAGUAAGGGUGGUUCAGGAAUUCCCCACCACCAUAAAUUUGAAGGAAUUGAGGAGUUUCGUAGGUCUUGCUAAUCAUUACAGACGUUUUGUAAGAGGCUUUACAAAUAUUGCCAACCCUUUGAAUCCUUUGACAAAGAAGAACGUUCCUUUUGUUUGGACUGUAGCUUGUGCUGAGGCUUUUGACAAGCUUAAGCGUAACUUGGUUUCUGCACCCAUUUUGGCAUAUCCUAAUUUUCGGGAACCAUUUUUGCUGUUAGUUGAUGAUAGUGCCACUGGUAUUGGUUUUACCUUGGCAUAAAUUCAAAAUGGAAAAGAAGUAUUCAUUGUUUACAAUGGUCGUGGUUUGAAUAAGGCAGAGCAAAAAUAUAGUACCACAGAAAGAGAAGCUCUCGCAUUAGUUGGGGGUAUAAAGAAAUUUCAGCCUUAUUUACACAAUCAUAAGUUUACUGUUGUUACUGAUCAUAGCUCUCUUUGUUGGUUAAUGAAUGUUAAAGAUACUUCCGGUCGUCAUGCAAGAUGGGCCUUACUUUUGCAACAAUUUGACUUUAAUAUUGUUCAUCGCCCUUGUAGAAUCCAUGGUAAUGCUGUUUGUUUGUCUAGACGUCCACAUGAUUCUUGUGAAAUAAGUUCGCUCAAUAAAGAAGAACCUCAAACGCCCCACACUCAAGAAAUGUAAAGAAGAGAUCCUGAAUUAGCUGCAAUGAUUGAUUUUCUAGAGAAUGAUAUCCUACUUACUAAGGAUAAAGAUGCACGCAAGAUUUUACUUGCGAUAAUUUUUAUAUUGGUCAAGAUGGUUUGCUUUACCACAUUGAUUUCAAUCGAAGGCGUAAUGCUCGUGAAUCUUUUUCUCAGCUUGUUUUCCCAGCUGCAUUACGUUUUGAAAUUCUCUCUAAUGUACGUGAUCAUAUUGCCGGUGCUAAUUUUGGCUUGAACAAAACUUUAACCAAACUUAUUGGAAAGGUAUGUUUAAAGAUGUAGAAAAUUGGGUUAAGUCUUGCGUGGAGUGUUCAAUAGGGAAGUCUCCACGAAGUUCGAAAACGGCACCCUUAUUUCUGAUUCCCAUCGAGGGUGCAUUUGACAGAGUGGCUGUUGAUGUUUUAGUUACUUUUCCACCUUCUAGUAAAGUCAGUAGGUAUAUUGUAGUUUUUAGUGAUUAUUUAGCUCGUUGGUUCGAAGUUUUCCCAGUCCCUAGUGUCGAAGCAGCUGUUUUUGCACAUCUUUUGAUUGAUGAAAUUAUUUCUAGACAUAGGGCACUACGUGUGUUGCUAUCUGACAGGGGAACUAACGUUUGUCUAAGGUCGUUUCACAAGUUUGUAAAAUAUUUCCAAUUCAAUAGGUCAAUAUUUCUAGUUGUCACCCACAGACUGAUGGUCUUGUAGAAAGGUUCAACUCUACCUUUUGUCAGUCUUUGUCAAUGUACCUUUCCAAAAACCAGAAAGAUUGGGACCAGUUCAUACCGCUUAUUUUGUUUGCGCAUAGGACUUCUGUUCUAGAUGCAAUUAAGGAUUCUCCUUUUACGUUCUUUGUGGGCGGGAGCCACGUUUGCCAAGUGACGUUAAGUAUUUGCCCCCUGUGGUUGCUGACUUAGGCACUUCGGUCCUUGACUAUCGAAAUCGUGUUGUCGAAAAAGUCGAAUUGGCUCAAAAUUUAGCGAGAGAAAAUUUACAACGUGCACAACAAAAAAUGAAUGAUUAUUACGAUCAAAAGACAAAAGAACCUGUUUUUGAAGUUGGACAACGUGUUUGGGUUUAUACCCCGAGAACUAGAAAAGGAUUAUCCUAAAAGUUAAUGCAUAACUGGUUGGGUACAUACAGAAUUGUUGAGAAAUUGUCAACAGGGUUUUUUAAGUUGCGCACGAUCACCGAUAAAAAAAGUUGCUUUUUCGUGUCACGCGAAUCGUAUGAAACCGUUUGUUGAUUCAAAUUUGAGAACAAUUGACCCUCCUCCUUUUGAAGCCGUACAUCAAUGAAUCUGAUAUUCCAAAAGAUUGUUCUGAGCCAAUUUCGGCCGAAGCGAAUCCUAAAGGUACUGACUUAAACCCCAGUUAGUAUUGAGAUGCCACUGUCCCCACAGCUAAUUUUCAACUUGCACUCGGGUUUUACCUUCUGCUACCACCGCGUGAAUUCACACAAAAAUACCACAAUGUAUGGCCGUUGGUAAGAAAUUUUAGGCCUAGGCCAAACGUCGAACCUUUCAUGAGACGAACGAAACUCUAAUUUGAGUUGACCUAAGGUAAGAUCGUCUGUUGGAUCAGACGUAGAAACUCAGACAUGAUCAGACCAGAAAGCAAUUUUAAUUGGCAAGUAAUACAUUUUCUCCCGAAUGAGGCUAAAUACACAUUCUCACACAAAUUUUUAAUUUAUUAGUUUAGUUCGUCGCAUGUGAAGAUCGUCAGACGUUCUGUCCGUCUGAAGCAAACGGAUGGAACGUGUUUGACGAUCGAAACUCAUUUAGACGAACUGUCUGAGCUAGCCAGACGUCGAACUUUUCAUGAACCUAACUCACUAAGUUUGGUUCGUCUCAUGAGAAGCUUGACGACUGGCCUGGGCCUUAGUUAUCGUUCCUAUGUACGAUUCUAAUAAUUUAAUUUCUUUGUUUGGUUUAUUCAAUUUGUUUGGUUGAACAGACUUAUUAGGGCGCUUUCGAAACACAGUAGACACCCUCGAAUAAGAACCUACCUUUUUGAAGUCUGGCAAAAUAGGUUCUUGUAUUUUGGGGAACUUAUUGGCAAUUUAGGCUAAGUAGGUUCUUAAUUUUUGUGAAGGAGAUAAUAGAUUGUUGUUUACCAGAAGAAUAAACGAACUUGGGUUUGGUCCUUAUAUAUACAUUAUUUAUUCACAACUGUAUUAUUGUUAUCAUUACCCUAACAAAGGUGAUUACAGAAUUUAUAUGCAGUGUUAACUCUAUAACAAGACAUGUAACAAGUAAGUAAAUAAAAUAGGAAAGUGAAUGGAAUGAGCCAAAAAUUGUCUAAAAAGACUUUUUAGCGUUCAAAGAUUCACUGUAGCUAUAUCCAAAGAGUUAAAUUAUCAAUCUCAACUAAGUUACACUCCUUGGUUAAAUUAUAUAUCAUAAUUUAGCUGUAACCCACGUAUAAGAAACUGCUUGAUCUUGCUUGGCUUCAGCAGGACCCCAGGUAGGUGAGAUAACCCGCUUAGGUAAAAAAAUAACCCUCCUUUACAUGUAAUCUUACAACCCCGCCACCCCGGGGUGUACAUUCUCAAGAUUAUUGAAUGAUCGCUAAGCACGUAAACAAGAAAAAUGCUGGCAAACCUCGUGUUUAGGCGAUUAAUGCUCUUCUACACUCACGUGCUGCUCUUGCUGCAACCUUCAGUGCUGUGGCUUUCUAUUGCUGCCUUUAAUGAUGGUGCAAAGCCACCGCCAAAAUGAACUUUGCUCGAAUUUGAUGUAUUGCGAAUCCGACCCCGGCUAGGCGGGUUACCCCACCUUGAAACGUUUGCAUGGCAGAAUUUGACCCUGGCUGAGAGGGUUACCCGGUCUGGCAGACUCGGCUACCCGCCUAGGCGGGUCAUCCCACCUAUCAUGUAAACGUGAUCCAAGUAAAAUGAGAGAUUAUAUGGACAGGCGGGUUACCCCACCUAAGCGGGUUACCUCACCUACCUGGGGUCCCCCACCUCUAUGUAAACAGACCCUUAAUCUACAAGAUUCGCGGGUGUUUACUGUAUGCAUAAGUCUUUUCUCGAAAUUUUGACCAAACCCCAUCACUGACUUGCAUACCAUUUAAGAAUAAACUAAUGUGACUCGAAAGUCCUGAUAAGUCUUUUCUCGAAAUUUUGUCUUAAACUUAUAAUGCUAUCCACUGGAUAAAUCUUUAUCCAGUGGAUAACGCAGUUGGUUUCCCUAAUACUUAUCCGUUGGAUAGUGAUUUAUCCGGUGGAUAGUGCUAUCCAGCAUAUGAAAAACCGGACUGGAAAGUCCUGAUAAAUAAUAGCCAGUCUUGACAAAUGGUUAUAAGCGCCCCAAAUCAUCUUGGCCUGGCCUCUUUGAAAUUCAAAGCAUUCAAUUUAUCACCAAUUUAUACCAUUGUUGGCAGUAAUCAUGCUCUCUUUUCAGUAUUUGCUCGGAGCCUCCGCCCGAUAUUGGUUUAAUUAUGAAGACAAUAAUGCUGAAUCAAUCUUAGUCAAAACAUGCCUUUCCAGGAUUGGUCUGUCGACUUAAUCCGUGUUUCUUCUUAAACAAAUACAUUGUGAUCUGCCUUCUUAGUUAAUUGAAAGGUAUUCCCAUGUCCCAGAUGAUUGUAUUGUAAAACUCGUAAAACUUCCUCUAUGCAGACCCCACAAAUUUUAAAAGUACGAAUGGAAUAAAACAACAAUUUUCACUUUUUGAAUCAUAACAUCCGCUACAACUUUAAACUAUUACUCUCGGUUUCUGAGUUAAUGCUUGCCGCCGGCAGAAAUCAUUGGAUUCUGAUUUUCACCUUGAAGAACUAACCAAUUGUGAACUGAUCGUCACUUUAAUAACUUACUUGUCAAAUAAUACGUUCUUCAUUUUAAUUUCCGUUUCCUCGCAAUGUGAAUUUGUGUUGUUUUGUGUGUGUACUUUUGAAAGGCAUAUCGUUUUAUGGUGUACUUUGCCCGAAGAACCGUCGAUAUAGAAGCUGAUAUUGAGUGUUUUCAGGCCAACGCCAAUCAUCGAGCAGCUGCUUUUGUUAAGUCAGUUGACAUCUAUGAUUGGAUUAUUUGCUAUACUCUCUCGCUUUAGGUCUUCACGUUGCAUCUUCUGGUAAGACAUGAUCAGAUAAAUCGAAAAUCUGGUUUAUCGUUUGCAUUUCCGAUCGUUAAAGUGCAUUAGUUCUGUUCUCCAAAGUGUGUUUUUUGUCAAGUCAGCAUCACUCUCUUGCACCAUAAAAUCCAAAACGGGCCUGCGGAAGUCCAAAAAGACCAAAAAAAAUUAAACUUGUUCACGAACGAAAUCGGUGCCAAGGGGAGCGAGUUUAAGAUGGCCGUUUCGACUGAAGAUGAACUCAACGACGGACUAAUUUGUUAUCAUUUUACUGAUAUACACUUCAAUCUUGGCGAAUCUUCGCCCGCUUGGUACAUUUUCACCUGCGUCGUGAACGCCGUGUUUUCCGUAAUUGCGACGCUGUCUAACUUACUUGUUUUGGUAGCCAUUUACCGGGCUCCUUCCCUACAUACUCCGUCAGGGACUCUUUUAUUUGGUCUAGCGCUUUCCGAUCUCGGUGUGGGCUUGAUAGUACAUCCACUGUUUUUCUCGCAAAUAUUGGCCAAAGUCAUUCGAAACAAGCCACUGUUCUGCGAAGCUGGAAUCUCAGUGGAAAUCACCGCUAACGCUUUGUGCAUUGUAUCGCUUCUAACGGUUACCGCUGUUAGCUUGGACAGGUAUCUCGCUCUCCGUCUUCACUUGAGAUACAAAGAACUCAUCACUAUCAACCGCGCAAUUUUAGUUCUCGUUUGCGUUUGGUUGUUCAGUUCACUGUUUGGCUCGUUGUGGUUAUGGAAGCAUGAGGUUAUAAAAAUAGUGGCGAUUGUUAUCAUAACUGUGAGCUUAUCUAUAGCUUCCUUUUCGUACUUUAGUAUUUAUCGCGUAGUGGUCCACCAUCGAUCCGUCAUUCACGUUCAACGCAAUCGAAUUUUGUCUUUUCAAAAAGCUGACGAAGAAGAAAUAAAUGUGGCUAGUAUCAAGAGGCAAGCAAUAAGUACAUUCUGGGUUUACUGCAUCCUCGCUGUGUGUUUUACACCAUACAUGUGCACGGUUGCGGUGAUCGAAGCCGAAGGGAUCUCAACUGAGUCGCGGAUAUCUUACGAAAUAACAGCAACUUUGAUAUUUAUUAAUUCUUCCCUCAAUCCUCUUAUUUAUUGUUGGCGCUUGAGAGAAAUCAACGAUGCCGUCAGGCAGACAUGGAGAAGUUUAAUCAGCUGA